AUGUCAUGGCUCAUCUCUCACAAGCCAUCCAAUACAAACAUCGUCUUCGACCUUGGCAUCAGACAAGACACCCACAACUAUCCACCAGCAUUAUACGAACGAAUGCAAAGACUCGUCCGCGCUGAAAUACCACAAGAAGUUUUCAGUAGCCUCCAAGAAGCGAACAUUAACCCCGAUUCCGAUAUCGACACGGUCAUAUUCUCCCACCUCCACUACGAUCACACCGGCGAUCCGUCCCGGCUGGGACCAGGGACCAAAUUGAUCAUCGGACCGGGAGCAAAACGUUUCAUCUGCGUCAAUGCGCCUGGCCAUCCGUCGGGACAUUUGAAUCUUCUUGUCCGUGCGGGACUUGAUGAAAGGGUUUAUUUGACUUGGGAUACUACGCAUGAUUGCGCUAUUCUGGCCGGUAUGGCCCAUACAGCUGUGUACGAGGAUGAACGGACUGGAAUCGCUAAGUGUGCCCAUGAGGAUAAACAUAUUUCUGAGGAGCAUAUCUCCCUGGCCCGGACGUUGAAGGAAAGUUUCCAUGUUGAAGUCAUCUUGGCUCAUGAUAGCGAGUGGCUGGCGAAGAACGAUUCGAGGUUUCGCGGCUAA